AUGCCGCCGAUCCCCUCCCCUCCCCUCCCUCUGCCCUCUGGGCCCUCUUCAAGUCUCAAGAACACGCCGUUGCUGCUGGUAGGUGCCCGCCCUUCCAUACGACGCGACGAUUCCGCGGCAUACGGAAAACCAAACCCCAAGCAAGCCCUUUUUCCCCUUGUCCUGCUUGCUCCCCCUUUCUUGUCUCGCUUCUUCACCUGUGGUUUGGGCUGGGGUAUGGUAUAUCAGUUCGCCGCGUUUUGGUCCUUUGACAGCCGCACACUUUUAGCCGCCCCAAAGAUCCGAGGAUCGCACCCAUCAUCGGUUGCGACCCCUCUAAACUCUCUCGCACUCUAUCAAGCCGUGAGCCUCGAUAUCCCACAAGUUUGCGACCGCCGAAGCGCCAUCUGCUACGCCACACGCGACACCGCGCUUAGGACGACGACGACGACGACGAAGAUCUGUCCGUGUGAUGGAAAGCUCCCGGCCUGCACCGCUUGUGAGAAGGCUGGCCGUGAGAAUGAGUGCUCCAGCGCCAACGACCAGUUCGCCAGAGGCAAGGAGAGAAGUUACGUCGCGGCCCUCGAGCUUAGGGUCGAAAAGCUAGAGAAACGACUGGCGUUUGCCAGGUCGCGCAAGGCGUCGGUCAACCUACAUGAUAUCGACGAGGCUACGGCAGCCCCUGCUGACCGCAAGGACUCUUUGGCCAACAUCCGGGCUGCUAUCCAUCGCAAGGCUGCCCGUAAGAGGGAGGACUCGGACGUCAACUCACUCGUGUCCGAUUUCGGCUUUUUGUCUGUCAAUGCAACGACGCGUGAUUUCGAGCCGUCAGUGAGCGGCAUGACGUUUGCUCGCCUGGUGUUAGCCGCCGCAACUAACGACGAUGUGCCCGACCCGACGGAGGAUAGCUUCCCGACAAGGGCCGAGGCCUUUUCCAUCGUCCAGUAUUACAUGGCCAACAUCUACGCCCUGUUCCCUUCCUUUUCUGAGACGCAUCUGCUUACGGUUCUCGACGACGUCUACCAGCAAGAUGAAAGGGUCAAGGAUCGCCUCAAAGAUGCCGACUUCUGGCUCCUCUACAUGGUGCUCGCCAUUGGGUACAUGGCCCAAAGCAGGGGCAAGCAGGACGAGUACUACCGUCGCGGCCUCGACUUCGUGGCUCGCGCAUUGCCCUUUGCCGACAAAGCUUUGAUGCCGGGCUAUCCUACACAGAUCCAGUCGCUCAUCCUCUUCACGCAAUUCUCGAUGCUUGACCCCGCUCACUUUGACAGCUGGUAUCUGAUUGGAUUCGCAAGUCGGGCUGUGGUCGACCUGGGCUUUCACCAAGACCCACCGCAGCUACAGGUCCCGGACAAGGCGGCGCUCGAUCUCAGGAGGAGGAUGUUUUACAGUGUCUACGCGCUCGAUAGGACUAUCAGCAUGAUUCGCACCAGAUCCUUUUCCUUCACCGACGACUCAAUCAAUGUCGAGUACCCCAGCAACUCAGGCCUGUCCUCGGGACCCAUCACCGGUCCGCAAUCCGCAGACUCGGCGUUGGUGCUGUUCCAGCUCCGGCGCCUCCAAUCGGAAUGGUACCAAACACUCUUCCAGGCAGACUCGGCACCCCUGCCUGAUGCUGCUUCUUUUAUAUGGCAAAUGUGUCUCGAGAUGAGGGAGUGGCACGAGUCUUUGCCAGACAACCUCUCGUCGGGUGUUCGAGAGCUCUUUGAGCUUGAGCUGAGAUACAGCUACAUCUAUUGCCUCGCACCCAGUGAUCGGUCGCCUCACUUGACAGACUACGCGCGGAGACUCAUUUUCGAACACGCCAUCGCAUACAUGAACACGAUCCACAACGUCGCCCAUGGCGCCACGAACUCCGCAUUCUACACCUCGCUGGAUGCGCUCAAGGUCUACUUCGUAGCCAUGCAGUUCCUCACCGCCCUAAAUGCCGCCCGCGAGCUGCUCAUUUCCGAACAAAGAAUCAUCCCGCCCAUCACCCGUCCGGGCACUGCGCCGCCUCCACCCCUUCCACACCGGCCCAUCGGCGGCGAAGACAGCUUAGAUAGGAGCAUACGAUGCCUCCAGCAGGUGUUUGAGACGUUGGAUAGAUUUUCUCAGCGGUGGGAUAUCGCGUCUCAGCUCAAGACGACGUUCGAAUCCAUUUCUUCGGAUCUGUUCUCUUGGCUUCAGGUUCGGCGCCAGAUGAGGAAACAAGGUCAGCUGCCACAGCAACAGCAGCAUCACCAGCAACAGCAACAGCAACAGCAACAGCAAACGCAACAACAUCAACAACAACAACAACAACAUCAACAUCAACAACAACAACUCUAUCAACAUCAACAACAACAUCAACAUCAACAUCAACAUCAGCACCAACACCACUCCCCAACGCCCCAGGGACCCUCGCCACCACAGGCCCAACUUCCAUCCUACCCGCCUCACCCUCACCCUCAUCCCCAGGUCCUCAUGGCGGCGCCUCAGAUGCACAUGCAAGGCAUGAUGCAGCAGCACCAGGGUCAAUCAGGCCAACCCAUGAUGCAGCAACAGCAGCCUCAGACGGGGCAACCAAUGAUGCAAUAUAGAUGGGUCGAUGGGACGGGACAGACGAUGACUGGCCCUCCUCCAGGACAGGGCGGACCGGCCAUGUGA